AUGUUUAAGAAGGAUCUGACCGCGGGCGCAAAGUCCAAGGUCAAAUCCUCGGUGCAGCGGGGAAUUCGAGCCAAAGUCCUCGAGACAUACCCGGCACUCGAACCGCACAUUGACGAGAUCAUGCCCAAGAAGAGUCAAGUGGAUGUGGUGAAACUACCAGACCGCGUCUCCCUGUACGUCCUCGACGACCGACCCUUGUUCUACCAACACAUGGACGAUCCUAUAACCCCGCACCUCAAAAUCGUACACCAGUAUCCUCACGCCUUCAAGACGAUCCGUAUCGACCGUGGUGCGAUCCGUUUCGUGCUCUCGGGCGCAACGCUCAUGGUCCCCGGGCUCACAUCUCCAGGCGGCAUACUUCCAGAUAAAGAUGAGGAGGCGAAACCGGGGGACAUUGUCGCUGUGUCUGCCGAGGGAAAAGAUGAAGUCUGCUUGAUCGGACAGUUGGAGAUGGGCACGGAGGAGAUGAAGGCGAAGAAAAAGGGCGUCGCUAUGAGUGCAGGUCAUUAUCUUGGAGACGGACUGUGGAAGAUGGAUUUGAGUUGA